CCUACACUCGGCGAAUCCAAAAUCCUUUUCUCGUUUGGGAAUAGCGCGUAGUCAAUCCCCUAAACCAAUCAAUGGCUAAACCAAUUGACUGCACACAGCAAAGGUGCUGAUUGGUCACGCUGGUAUGAUUGACUAAGCGCUACUCCCAGACGCUUCAGGACAAAAUGAGAAUCAAAAGCUCAUUGAUAUUGUCUUGUUAAGAAGGUCAAAAAGGGGGGUAUAGAACAAUAAGAAAACAUUAACAAGAAUGUAAAAGAAUUGAUAAUAUUUGCAGAGGCAAAUUGCCAGCUUCGGAUUUUAUGGAUCCCGGGAUGUCAUCUUGUCAAUUCAGGAUACGUCUUGCAAGUGCUGAUGACUGUGAAGCCAUACACCACUUUAUUAAGCAAUUGUCCGAGGAUGUAAAAAUGGCACCUGGCUCUCUCCAAACAACCGCACAAGGUCUCAGAAGGGACAAGGAUUACUUUGAGUGUUUGUUUGCUGAGGCAAGAAUACCUGGAACAGCAGCAGAUCACCCGGUCACGUGGAAGCCAGUUGGAUGUGUUAUUUACUUAUUUGCCUUCUCCGUCUAUUUCGGCCGCCAGCUAAAUGUGAUUCUUGUUUACACGGAUCCGCACUAUAGAGGAAAAGGCAUCGGCCGAGCACUUAUGAAAACAGUUGCUGAGACCGCCACGGCCAAUGGAAUCCGUCAAGUCAUGUGGACGACUGCAGAGAGUAACAAAUCAGCGAUCUCGUUCUACAAGUCAUUUGGCGCAACCUCGACUCCGCGUCACCGCUUCACCCUGAUGAGCGAGGCGCUCACACUUUUAACGGAAGAACCGGAAGACGCGCGCUUUUGGCGGGAAAAUGACCCAAUUUGCAUAAAGAAUACACAGCCCAUCAAUCAUACCUUAAAUGGAACUCGCUGUAAUGCGCAUGUCGAGACAGAUAGAAAGAGGAACGACAGAAAAGAAGUACAUACGAAACCUGACGAAAAUAAUAAUAUUUUGUUCGCAAGAAAAUGACAUAUUAAGAUUAUUUUGUGAGUGUAAAAAUAAUGUCUUAUUUGUUUUGGGGUGCAUGGUGAUGUGUUUUAUGGUGGGCUUCCUUCUACACGAUACCAAUCGAAUUUUCUACCGAUAUUCGUACGGUUUCGCGUUCCGUUCACAUGGAAACUCCCUAGCUGGAUGAAAAAGAGACAGCUAGCUGUAAGUGACGUGUAAACAAUGUGCACGAUCAAAACGGUUCCGUGUAGACACUAUUUUCGGUACGAAUUUUUGAGCGGUCCAUAACUCGACCAGGAUCAUGUAAAUGGGGACUUGCACGAGAGUGCUUUUAGUCUGUGAAUUAACAGGUUGUCAUACUAGAAGCAAGGAACUGCUAUUUAAAGGUAGUGGGAAGAGUAGUGGCAAGAUGAUUGAUGUCUGCGAAUUGUUGGGGGAUAGACAGACAUAUAAUUUAUUUCCCUUGGGAGACGCAUUCCGAGAUGCGUGUUAUUUUUGAGUGGUAUAUAAACCACUCCUUCACUCUCUAGCAUCACUCCUACCAGUAGUCUUAUAGCUCGAGGUUGUCUCGAGAUUAAUUUUUUCUAUUUAAAAUUUUAUAGACUAUUAAAUGAAAUGAGCAACAAGACAAAA